AUGGCAGAGAUGCAAGGACAAGACGACGCCCCCGCCGACAGCGAUAUCAACAGCAACAGCUGUAACAACGACCGCGUCGGUGGCGGAACCUCCGUGAGGCCCCUUCCUGCGAGGCAAGAACUGGGGACAAGAAUAUCCUCGGUAGCCGCACGAACAACGACCGCCCUAUCCGAGACUAAAGAAGCAGAGCACGAAGACAAUCGUGGCCAAGCGCGAGACGAAAAGGAAGAUCUCGUCCACAUACCCGACGACUCCGCGUAUGUAGCAGCAUCGACGCGGUUAGGACCACCGGUAUCGGCAGCAGGAGCCACGCUCGCUGCAGAAGGGGCUACGCGGCAUGCGUCAGGGGUGGCCGGCGACCACGGCAGUCGGAGCAAAGGCGUUGACAACGGUGGUAGUCAAGCCAAUGACGCCGCCGCGACCGUUGAGCUGAACAAAUAUCUGUGGCGUCUGGAAGAGAAACGGCAACCUCUAGGGGGCUGUGACACAAGUCUUCCCCCUACCGGGGACAACCAGGGGGAAGCAGGGCAGCCGAAUCAGCAACAGAGCUGGGCUUCCAGGGAUGCGGCGACCAAGGUCCUGUCAGCGAGGGAUGUCAUGGACAGGAGGAGCAUCCUGGAAUACGCCGCCGCGCUAGGGAAGGCGUCACACUUCGAAGACCUCGCACGCUGGCUGAGAUGGAAGCUCGGCGUGGGCAGUCUUGUGAACCAGCUCCGAGAGCCCGGCGUGGACGGAGCGCCCCUGCUGUUCCAGGCGGUGAACGUCGACGAGUGCUUCAAGGCAGUCACGAAGGCGAGUCCCCUCGGGAAGCCACCAUGUAGGGCGAGCAGGACAUCGAAUUACCACCGGGUGCUUCUGGACACCCUGGGGGCUGGCGGUGUGGCGCAGCAAAUCAGGGCGACGGACCAGAAGGGGAUGACGCUGCUUAUGCACGUGGCGCGCUCCGCCGGCAGCGUGGAGGUGUUCUCGAGCGCGCUGCACCUGGUGAAGACUCUCUCAAGCAGGCAGCAGGGGCUGUGCCAUUUGCGGGCGAGGGAUGCGGAGGGUAGGACCCUCGCUCACCACGCGGCAGAGGGCCGGACGGAAGAGAUGCUACCCAAGGUGAUGGAAGUGGUUUCGCAAGCGGACCUGUGGGUGAUCGACGAGAGCGACAGCGAGAGCACCGACCUCCGACAGUACCUCAGCACACGCACCGACAGGCAAGAAGAUGCUUGCUGUUGGUUCUCUUUUCUUCGUCUCCAGUCCCCGAGGGUAGAUUCACAGCCUCAGAAUCGGCAUGUCCUGAGGCAUGGGCGGAGCCCCGCUCUCUGUGCGCUGGGGCGGAAAGGAACCCCCAGGGCAAGCCUAGAGAAGAGCAUCCGUGUUCUGCUGGCUGGGGCACCGCCGAGUGGCUCCACCACCCUCGUCAACAACGAUGCUGACGCUGCAGAGGGUCAUCUCCCCAUUCCCGCUGCUAGUACGGCGUUGUGUCGCCGUCUCCGCUUGAUUUUUCAAGCGCCGGAAGGCGGUGGUGGUAAGGGGGGACGCGGGAACAGCCCCUUAUGUUGGGUCCUGCAUGCCGCGCGCGGUGGGAUCGAGGUUUAGCACGCAUUAAGAAGACGUUGACCAAAUUCACCGAGAGCUAAAAAAGGUGAAGAUCCCUGGCUAUUCUGGGCGGGUUUCUGUCCUUAUUGUUUGCGAGGGCCGUUCAAAUUGUAGCUUGGUUCUGUUCGUGAUGAGCAACAAGCCACCCGAGAAGCUCUUCACAAGACAAGAACAUAGUCCUAUCUGCUCGAAGCGUCUAGUCCAUGUGGUUCAUUUUAGUAUCCUACGAUCGCAACCCAACCAUUCCUGAGUAUCUAGUUCAGCUGUUGUAUGGAUAAUACACAACGGGCGCUCGGCCGUGCGUUCGCGAAGACCAGUCGAGGAUCAACCUGGAGACAGGCGAAUUGCCUACUUUUCAACCUUACAAGCACUUGUUUUCACUUUUUGAAGCGUUUUGCUGUUCUUCGUGUGAUUCAAUCUUUUCCACUCCCGAUCACGUCUUCCAAACCGUAGUCAUCCCUGAUUUUGAAAACGUCACGGUUGGCUUUGACCCUGAGACCGAAUACGUGCGAAGCUGCGCAGUGGUGUCUAAUUGUUUUGAAAAUGUUCGUCGGUUCUGUCGUUUCACACUCCCCGGCGUUGGUGCAAUGCGGCCCGGCAAACGGAAAACGCUUCACGCGCAUUGGUUCCAUGUUUCUUGAUUGUUUGCACGCCCCAUUGCGAGUCGUCGUUCUUGAAGGAUUUACCACCCUUUUUGUCGUGGUUUCUUCAAUCCGUGUACCUUUCAUUCACCCUCUAGUUGUUCCCCCGAUCUGGUCUCGUUGAUGUGUGUACAUGCGACGGGUCUAUGCGUCAAGGCCUUCACCCUCGCCUACGAGGGCAUCAAAGGACAAGAGGAGAAAUCGAACCGCAGGUAGCUUCUCGUUAACUUGAUGACAUCUACUGUGUGAGAGCGCGUUCGUUCGCUUCACAGGCGUGCUGGGUAUUUCUAUCACCCCGAGUUUCGAGCAUGAAACUACGCCUUUGGCCAGUUCUUUUUCUUCCCUUUUUCCCUGCUCCCCUCCCCCCGUUUUUUGAUUUCCGAUAUAAUGUUUUGCAGAUUUGGCCAGUUCUUUUUCUUCCCUUUUUCCCUGCUCCCCUCCCCUCGUUUUUUUAUUUCCGAUAUAAUGUUUUGCAGAUCCUUGGGUUUUUGGACACGGUGAGGUAUUGGCCUGUUUUAACGAAAACGGUGGCACCGAAGUAGAGGUUCUAACAAACUCAAGUUAUGGGGGGGGGACUGGGGGACAAAUACAUUGAGUAGUUAACAGAAACCAAGCGAUAUCCUUUUUUGUUUGGCGGAGGACAAAUCUACAUCGAACUUUGGUUUGUGCAGAACCCACGUACCCGAAUUGGAAUUAACCCCAAACCUUGUCAGUGGAUUCCCAAAUAACCCGAACGCCUGUGUUUGCUGUUUCUUUCACAUUCGCGUGUCUUCUGACCAGCUCGGAAACAUUUUCGUUCUCUCUCUGAAUCGAAUCUUCAGGGCAAUAGUAUCACAACUGUCACAGAAACCCUCUGUUUUGUGUAUUAAUUCUGUGGGUGAAUGCACCUAGACUUGCCACAGCCCGACCACCCCACCGCCUAGCUGCUGACACGAUGACUGUUGGAUCUUGGGAGUGUACGAUAAUCAACUUGGGAGAUGCAGCAUACCACGAUAUCCUGGCUUCGGCUGGGCUUGAAAUAACCCUUUUGCUGUACUCCGCUCUUUGCAUCAGUGGCUUCCUAGAUUCGAGCGAAUGUAUUUGUGUAGCUGAGAUGUGUGUCUACGUGAAAGAACAUGUGGAGAGAGUCUUAUUGGCAUUCGCAUCAAGCGCAUUGCGCAUUUUUCGAAUUUGAGCCCCGUUCCAGGGACCUUGAUUUUUACCUGCUGGCACUGACGUCUGUUAAUUGGUCAGCCGGUUAGCG